CCUGAAGCCUCUCCCGUAAUUCAAAUCUGGUAUUCCUGCUAAAUCACUCGCGUUAAUCAUCCGUGACUCGCUCAUUUUAUCUAGAGAAUCUGAAAAUGUCUUGCUGCGGAGGAAACUGUGGCUGUGGAUCCAGUUGCGGUUGCGGCAGCGGAUGCGGAGGGUGCAAAAUGUAUCCUGACAUGAGUUUUGCGGAGAAGACAACGAGUGAGACUGUGGUGCUCGGAUUUGCAGCGGAGAAAGCAUCGUACGAGGGAUAUGGCGAGACGAUGGUUGUGGUGGGCGAGAAUGGUGGGUGCAAGUGCGGUGCCAACUGCACCUGCGACCCUUGCAAUUGUAAAUGAGAUCCAUCUCGGGUGAAUUUGAGAGGCAGAGACUGCGUCGUAUAAGAAAAUAACUAGUAUGUAAACUGUGUUUUGCGUGUGUCUGUUUUAAAUAAAGUAGCAGAUCUGGUUUGGUUUCAGUUCAUCAUCUGAUUAUGAUUGAUCUGGCUUUGUAAUAUUUGUUAAUCUAUAAAGUUAAUAUAUAAAUUAAGCUA